CCUUCAUUUCGGCCAUAUUUAUCAGUUUAGUUGCCAUAGCUGCUGACAGAUACCAAAACAUUGCUCGCCCUUUGAAGACUUUGAGGCAGAAAGAAAGCCUGUUUUACUUGUUUUUGUGGUCUGGUCGUAUGCUGCCAUUAUGUCGGGUCCUUCUGUUUUUAGCGUGUACAGCAUUUCAGUUUUGGAAAUUCCCGAGGCUCAAGGCUUGGAGGACUGCGAGGAUUGCGCCGACAAGAAACUUUGCGACAUUCCGCAAAAUUCUCUUGGUCAGAGUUCAACCUCUUUCUUUGACCUCGUUGCGUUCGCACUUCCACUGGCCAUUAUAUUUGCGCUGGACACCAAAGUAGCCCUCCUCUUACAUCACAGAAGCAACGGUGGAAUGAUGCACAAAAUGGCGGCAAGAUCAGAAUCCAAAGCGGUGCGCAUGCUCGUUAUCACUGUAUUUGGAUAUACCCUGUCCCUAGGCCCCGCUGCUGUUCUCGCCAUGUUGAGGUCUUAUGGCGCUCUCAAAAAUUCAUCGUUUGACGUUAUGUUUCUGGUUAAUUGGAUGGCAGAUCUUGCUAUAUACACAAGUUCCUUGGCCAACCCUUUGAUUUAUGCAUACUAUAAUGGAGACUUCCGAAAGGAGAUCGUCCGUUUCUUUCGUAGGAGAAGUGAUAGAAAAGUAGGACCAUCCACGGUUACAUUCAUAAGCUCAAGCACAAAUACAUUUGAAGGCUUAGAUGCCAUUGCUACCGACAGAUAUCAUAACAUCAUCUACCCAAUGAAAGCCUUGAACUGAGAAACAUUC